AUGACAAGACCAAAGACAUUCUUUCUCAUGCCAAACUUCGACACGCCCUACCCGGGCCCGAUCAAACUCGGGUCUCUGAUCUUCGACCCUUACUCGACCACCAAGCAGUGUUUCAAUUUCGCCAAUACCAAGGGGGCGACAGGGAAGGUGGGAAUAUUUGCACGCUUCAUGGUCCACGUCGUGACCAUGGGAGCGAAUUUUCUUCGCGUCUUCUCCGUCGCCAAGGUGUCCGACCUGAAAUUUGAAGGCCUGGAGACGAUCAAAUUCGUCCCCUCCCAACAGUACAUCCUCGACAGCGGACUAGAUGAGCCAGUGCGAAAGCAGUUGGAGCGAAAAUGGUUCAAGAAGAACGUCUACAUGAUCACGGGCGUCAAGGUCGCGCGUGGGCCGUGGGUGAAGCUGAUUGGGAAAGAAGCGACCAUGUCGAAGGUGGGACUUGCGGCCUUGAUGAAGCAGGCGGGUGUCCGCGUGGAAGGAGAGAUCGCGGUCAAGGUCACGGACGGCGUCAGCUGGAUCGGCGGCUCUGAUUUUGUUUUUGCGAUUCAAUUGAGAGAGAUCUUUUUCAAAUCAAGGUCCCAGACCGUCAACAGCAAAAUCGUUCAUGGGGGCGAAGUCAUGGCGAUGCGGCCGGUCGGAGAGCGCAAACCCGACGAGGACGAGAAGGAGACUCCAAAAGAGACUCUUUCUGAAGUUGACGAAUUGGUUCCAGGAUCAAUCAAGAUGGGUAGAAACGAGGUGGACGCUAAUUGCUUUGACUUGAAGACUGAUCUUGCCAAAGACGAAGACGACGAAGAUGAUGAAGGUGAUGGUGAUGAUUGCGUAUGUGUGUAUGGGGUAAACCGCGACUCAGACAACUAA